GUCUGUCAGUGAGGGGUUGACGUCUACGUGGUGAGGUUUGGAAUCACUAACCCGGUUGUACACUUAUCACUAUGGUUGAGACCCGUAGUGGAAAGGAGACUAGCCCCUACACCACUGAGCAACAAAAAAAGAUGGCCGCCUUAGUCAGAGAGAGUAAGGAGAGGAAAGAGCGUGAAAAGCAAGCCAAGCUAAAGGCUAUCGCAGACGAGCAGGCGGCGAAGGUGAAGAGAUUGGAGGAGGAGAUGAAGAGGGUACAACAGGAGGAGGAAGAAAGAAGGAAGGCUGCUGAAGCAGAAGCGGUCGCAGAAGAAGAGAAAGAGAGAAUGAGAAUUGAGAGUGGGGAAGGAAGUAGUGGUGGUACGAUGAAGUGGGAGACAGAUACUAAGCUGGAGAAGAAGAUCAGCGAGUGGGUCGCUAAUUUAUCGUUGGGGGAAGACGAGGAGGCAGAGUCAUAUGUGACUAAGGAUGAGAAGGCUGCACUGGCCGCUGAGUUAGCAGCCAUGACGGACCCGAUGGAACGAAGAGAGAGGGAAGACGAGCAAAA